AUGACGUUGACUCAGUUGAUGCUGCCACCUUCGUCGAGACUAUGUUUACAAGUAGUGGAGUUCAAGCCGCUGCGUGAAAAUCCAAGCUCUACUUGGACCAUUACUGCCCCCAACGUCUUCGUCAGUCCCCGUUUUUGCUCUGGAGUGACCUUAAUCUCCUCUGUUUGGCUCGAACUAUGCGGUGAAGGUCUUUGUUAA